AUGGCACGGCGGACCGUAUACAAGUUGAUGGUCGCCGCGGCCGUGUUGCCAGCCGUAUUGUCCGCGCAGAUUUCAGUCUCCAGUCCCCUCUCCGCGCAGACAAACAAGAGCCCCUUCACGGGUGACUUCAACAGCCAUGUGGAGGUUCUGAUGGAUGAGUGGAAGUUGGCGGGGAUGGCAGUGGCCGUCAUCGAUGGCGACGACGUCUUCACAGAGGCAUACGGCUACUCGAACCUCCCGGACACAAAGGCCACGCCCGAAACGCUCUGGUUUACUGGCUCGACGACCAAGGCGCAGCUCGCGGCGUCUCUAGCCCACCUCAUCGACGCCAAGCACCACCCGGCCCUCAAGGACGGCUGGUCCACGCCCAUCUCGUCCAUUAUCCGCGACGACUUUGUCCUCCGGGACAGGCAUGCCACGGCGCUCCUGACGCUGGACGACGCCGUCAGCCACCGCACCGGCGUGCCGAGCCACGACUUCGCGCUCGCGACGUACCCCGACUCCAACGCCAGCACGCCCGUCGCGCACGCCGUCCGGAACCUGCGCAACCUCCCGGCCCAGCUGGAGCCCAGGGUGGAAUGGCACUACUGUAACCCCAUGUGGCAGGUCCUGUCGCACGUUGUCGAGACCGUCACGGGGGCGUCGUUGCGCAAGACUCUGGAGAGCGUCAUCUGGGCCCCGCUGGGGAUGAAGUCGACGUUUCUGGACGUGGACAGCGCCAGGGCGUCCGGGCUGGAUCUCUCCACGGGGUACUGGUACGACGACAAGAAGGGGGAGCACGUCGCCAUGCCCUUCAUGGCCACGGCCGAGGUCUCCGGCGCGGGGGCCGUCAUUUCCAGCGUGGUCGACUACGCGCGCUGGGUAAAGGCGCUGCUGAAGAAGGACGCGUUUCUGUCCGAGGCCACGCACGAGGACAUUGUCCGGCCGCGCUUCGUUUCCAUGGCGGAGCCGAGCAAGGGCGCCGACGUGACGACGUACGCGCUGGGCUGGUUCCGGACGGUGCUGCACGGCGAGAGGACCAUCUGGCACUCUGGCUCGACGGGCACGCACGGCGCGCUGGUGUACUGGCUGCCCGAGAGGCAGUACGGCCUCGUUGUCUUUGCGAAUUACCCCAACGGCGUCUUGGAGGCGGUGACGUAUCGCCUGCUUGAGGACAGGCUGGGCGUCCCACAGGACAGGCGUAUCGAUAUCAACGGAUUACAAAAAGAAGCCCUCCGAAGAAGAAAGCAGGACCUUGCCAACGCCACAGCGCUCCUGUUCCCAAGGCUGCCCUCUCCUCGUCUCCCGCCGUCCGUGGACCCGUCGCUGCUCGCAGGGACGUACCACAACGAUGGAUAUGGGAGGCUCGCGCUCAGCGAACAGACUGGGGACGACGGGAGGACACUGCUGGUGGCGGAUCGGCCAGAGUUCAUUUGGGCGCAGCGGGUGACGCUGGAGCACGCCUCCGGGGACUACUGGACGGCGCGGUGGCGGUUCAGAGACGAGAGCCCUGAGACUGGGCAGUUUUUCAAGGCGCGCUUCGUGGUGGGCAGCGAUGGAGAGGUGGAAGGGCUGGAGGUUACGUAUCGAGCUGGUGUAGACGGUUUCCUGGACGGAGUUGUGUUUUAUGCGAGGACCAGGUAG